AUGGAGCAUGCAAACGGCAAUACGUUGUCUAAAGAAACGGCAACGGAGUGUUUGGCCGCGCUGAGAACCUUCCAGGAUCAAUACGUGGGCACCGAGAGCCAAGUGCAGGCUCUUUCCACGCUAGCAAACUGGUUGCAGCGAUUGGAGAGAGGUUCACACACUGACGACGAGGAGCCCUUGGAUGAAAACUCUCGCCAGUACUUGCAGUCGUACCAUGACCAGUUCACCAGGAUAUCUCUGUUUGAGGUGGUUGGUGGCUCAAGAGAGAGGUGGAGGAAUCCAGCACUUGCAGCUGAGCUGGAAAAGGUGGACGACUGGGAUGCCUUUGAUGUGUUCAAAGUGGCGAGCUUGACGGGAGACCGACCUCUGGAGCCAGUCACUUUGGCUGUCCUCCAGCACUUUGAUCUUGUCGACAAGCUGAGGCUUCCAGACAAGAAGCUGCGCAAUUACCUGCGGGGAGUCGAGGAUGCUUACCUGAAGAAUCCGUACCAUAACAGCACCCACGCAGCAGAUGUUGUGCAAGGGCUUGCCUGCCUGUUCUCCAACAAUGACUUCACCUCUCAGCUCACAGACCUGGAAAUGCUGUCAAUGAUCCUGGCGUGUGUAAUUCACGAUGUGGGCCAUCCAGGGGUGACGAAUGAGUAUCUCAUAAAUACGCAUGCGGACAGUGCCUUGCUCUACAAUGACCAGAGCGUGAAUGAGAAUGGUCAUGCUUCUGUGGGCUUGCAGCUGCUGCGGAAGAGCUCCAACAACUUCAUAGAGGGGCUGUCUGAGGAACAGUACAGAUUUGUUCGGCGAACAAUAAUCGGCAUUGUGCUUGCUACGGAUAUGGUCGGGCAUGCGAAGCUCGUGAAGGACACUGCAGCCAACAUCAGGCAGCUGGGGGCAGACCUGCAGAGCUGGCCAGAGGAGAAGAAGCAGAGUGCGCUGCAGAUGAUUGUGCACUGCUGCGACAUUGGCAACCCAGCCAAGCCCUUGGAGUACAGCCUACAGUGGACCAACCGCAUUAUGGCAGAGAAUUUUGCUCAGGGGGACCGGGAGAGGCGGGAAGAGCUGCCGGUGUCGCCGCUGUGCGACCAGGAUCGAGUGGACGUGCCCAAGAGCCAGCUCACCUUCCUGGAAUACGUCGUGCGGCCCUGCUUCGAGGCCCUGCGCAGCAUCGCGCCCGUGACGGCCGCCCUCGCGCUGCGCAACAUCGAGGCCGGCUGCCGCCAUUGGCAGGCGCAGCCCCGCCGCAGCCCCUCCACCCCCAUUUUUCCCCUGGAUGACCUCCGAUGAACCCCGCCUCUGCAGAGGGGAUCUAUGCGUCAAAUUAGACACAGAUCCCUCUGGUCUUGUCUAGGCAGGGCACUCUUACAGUGAUUUUCCCUGAAGUGCCCUGGGCUGGAGUGCGCGGCGGGAGCAGUCAGCUGCUGUGGAGGUACCGUCUGGUUGGGUCUAUUGUGGACUUGUGUCGGCCCUGACUCCGUUGCAGUGAGGCCCAGUCUGUGUGGGGUCCAGUGGUUGGAUCACGCAUUCCUGCUCAGUUGGAAGACUGGAACUCCGGAUGCGCUGCGAUGCAAUGACUGGUCUGUUGCGUGGACCACAUGAUGGUCCAUGUCACUUGGGUUUGUUUUGGUCUGUGGUCUUCGUGAUGAAAUGUUGAGACUGAUGUUUUUGGCUGCGCACGUCGAAAGGUGCAUUUUGGGCUGUGAAUAAGCCAUGCACAAAAUGCAGCAGGAGCAUGCGGAACCAGACACUGUUCUUUUCCACCCCAUUUUUGCUGGUAUCUGUUUCUGGUGAAAGAGAAUUUGUACUUUCCACAAGCUGGAGACUUGAUCAUGAUGUUUUCUUCUCUGAUUGUUGUUCCUGUAAUUAGAGUGUGUUCCUAGGAGGCUCGGAACUGUCUUGCUGGCCAGCAUCGUGUAUUCAGGAUUGGCGAUCAGUUGUGUGUUCAAUUCCAAGUGCUUUAAGUUGUUCUCCAAGUUGGCUGUCAGAAGCUAAACAAUCUUUGCAAGCUACCACGUUGGCAUGCAUCCAUGAUGUGCCUACAGGCUGUAUAUGUAAAAUCUGUUGAUAGC